AUGAGCAGCUUAGCUAUAAAGCUCACUAGCACCAACAAGGCCACUCAACUCUCAGGCCAUAAUACUAGACAGUCCAUGAGACAUGAGAUUAAUCCCCAUGAAAACGCUUACCACUCUCUUAAUGGUGGUACGCGCCCUCGUGGCUCCCUGAGAAUCACCUUCGAAGAUACUCAUCAUGUUGUGGAUCCAGAAAACUUGACAAGUAAAGGCCAAUCGCUCGAAUUUUGGAGGUCACACCUACUUGAACUCCAACCUUGUAUUUUACCCGGUCGCGAUCAUGGGAUAUCUCAUCCAAAUUCAUCUCAAGUCAAGUCGGUGGAAGUCAUUUUUGGUCCCGCUAUCGCCGCAUUACAUAAUUUCAGCGAGAGCGCUGGUAUCACUCUCAGAUCUGUAUUAAAGACAGCCUGGGCAAUGAUACUACAUACCUAUACGGGUUCAGAUCACGUCUGCUUCGGAUAUGGGACCACUGAGAACGAUAUGCCCCUAGACGGCACUGAUGGUAUCAUCGGGCCGCAUACUAAAAUAUUCCCUUAUGGUGUCCAGAUCGAGAAACACACAACCCCAUUGGAUAUUGUUCGCAAAUCGGAGUUGGAAUCUAUGGCGGCUCGUCCGCACCAAAACGUAUUCCCAGCUGAGAUUUACCAUCAGUUAGACGUUAGGAGUGAUGCGCUCUUCAAUACAUGUGCGAUUUUCCGGACGAAGGAAAACUCCCUCGACGGGGUAUCUCACACUCUACCUCUAGAAAUAGCUGAUACAAAAGAUCUAACCGACUAUGAUAUUUCUAUCGUCAUCGAUUCCAAGGAGCAAUGUUUUCUCUUAUAUAGAGACCAUUUCAUGUCAGACGACCAGGCCAGUCAUAUGGCUGCUGCCUUGAGUGCUACCUUAACUUUCAUUGUUGAAUAUCCACGCCUGCCCAUCAGGGAAAUAGAAAUAUUCAGCGAUCUCGAUCAGCAGAAAAUAUCACAAUGGAAUACGCAGGCCCCCAUUGCAACAGAAUCAUGCCUCAAUGACUUGAUCGGCCAGAAAAUCCACUCGCAGCCUGAUUUUCCUGCCGUACUCGACCACCUCUCAUCUAACCUUGCUAGACAGCUCCACGAAGCAGGUGUGGGCCCAGAUCUGUUUGUGCCAAUUUAUCUUGACCGAUCAAAAUGGGCGGGUGGUGCCUUUUGCGCUUUGGAUCGUUCAUACCCCCUAAGUCGUCUAUUGGAGAUCUGUCAUAAUGUUCACAAAGCGAAUCACUUGUGGACGACAGAUAGCCGGAAUGAACAGGAACACAAUGCCUUAUAUGCUAUUUUUACUUCGGGUUCCACCGGUAAGCCAAAAGGAGUCGUGAUCGAACAUCGAUCUUUCUCUUCGUGCGCACUGGCCUCCCUGACUCCCCUUAAUAUCCGACCCCACGAGCGUAUACUGCACUUUGCAUCCUACGCAUUUGACCUUAGCAUUUUCGAGAUUCUUGCCGCACUCACCGCUGGAGCUUCAAAUCUCCCCGCUAUAGCAAGUGAACUUCAGGCAACGUGGGCUUUUCUAACACCCACGGUAGCCCGUCUAUAUCGGCCAGAGGAGUUUCCUUCGCUGCGUACAUUAUGCUUGGGAGGUGAGGCCAACCUCAUCACCGGGUACAACCCCGCCGAAUGCUGUCCACUUGGGAUCUCUGGUCAGGUUGACCAAUCUGCUGCUAGCUUUCUGGGGUGGUCCUUUUCGUCUCAGUGUGCCUGGAUUGUAGAUCCGGGGGACUGCCAGAAGUUGGUCCCUGGCCCGGCCGUCGCAAGAGGCUAUAUUCACGAUCCACUUUCUUCUCUUCCAGAUUCGCCCUUCAUUUCGCCUCCGACUUGGCUGUCUCGCUUCCGUCCAAGUUCUUCCCGGUCUACGCGCCUAUACAGGACAGGCGAUUUAGUUCAAUAUGGCCGCGAUGGGGCUUUGCACUUUAUUGGUCGAAAGGACCUCCAAGUAAAAAUUCGGGGGCAGAGAAUAGAGCUUGCCGACAUCGAAUUCCACGUCCAAACAUACCUUUCCUCCGUCGCCCGCAAGGUAGUAGUCGAUGCAGUGGAUUUCAAGAACCACAGGUGUCUUGCGGCAUUCAUUUUAACUACAGACUAUCGAGAUAGCACAACGAGUGACAUUCGGUUGUUGGACGUAGAAGAUAUUACUAAGGGGUUAAGAAUCAAAAUAACGAAUGCAACUUUGAAUUUAAAGAGUGUUCUACCCAGCUCUAUGGUUCCGACUAUAUACCUCCCGAUAAGCCAUAUUCCAUUGACCAAGAGUGGAAAGACUAAUCGAAUGAGGCUUAAAUCACUGGCUCUCUCACUAUCUCCAGAGAAUUUAAAUCGCUUUGGGGAAGAGUCUGAACAUGGAGAAGCACCAACGACGAAUAUCGAGCGUCUAUUACAAAGCGCCUUCGCUCAGGUGCUAGACUAUGAUCCUGAUCUGAUUUGGGCGGAGAGCAAUUUCUUCCGUUUAGGCGGCGACUCUAUCCGCGCCAUGAAGCUCUUAGCGGUAGCUCAAGAAAAGGGGCUAUCCAACCUUACAUUCCAACACAUCUUCCAACAUCCCAUCCUGAAAGAUAUGGCCUCGUCGGUAAAUUCUGUUAUGGUACCCCUAUCUUCAAGCUCGGACUUUUCUGGACCGGCACCUUUUACUCUAGUCCCAGAUGCUGAAUUGUUGGCUGAAAUUGCCAGCGAAAACUGCGGGGUCGUAAAAGGGGAUAUUCAAGAUAUAUACCCCUGUACUCCUUUACAGGAGAGUCUCAUCGUCGCUACUGCAUAUGACAAAGAUGCCUAUGUUGCGCUACAGUCCUUCAAUCUUCGGAGGAAUACCGAUAAAUCAAGGUUGGAAGCUGCAUGGAAUACUGUUGCAAAUAACCACGACAUCCUUCGCACACGCAUCAUUCAUACCGAUAGCGGUUUCUACCAGGUUAUCGUGAGAGGUCCGAUCUCCUUCUCAGACGGAACUAGCAGUAGCCUCACUACCAAGUUCCAACCAUGUAUUGGUCUAAACACUCCACUAAUUCAGCUACGCUUCACUGAAGAUCGGUUGUUAGUGGCUAUGCACCACGCAGUAUAUGACGGUUGGUCGUUACCAUUACUCAUCACCGAGGUUGGGCAGGCGUAUGACUACCUUUCUAUCCCAAAAGGACCUCCUUUCAACCGUUUUGUAAGGCAUAUGCUAGAUUCAAUGCACUCCGCCGCGCUAUAUUGGAAAGCAGAGCUACAGGACGCAGAUCCCGUACACUUCCCUCAAUUACCUUCUCUUAACUAUAAACCGGUACCCGAAUCAUCGAUCACUAGGUCGAUUUCUCUAGGUAGCAUUCCUAGCGAACUUCAUGGCGUGACUAUUGCAACCAAACUUCAAUUGGCCUGGGCAAUCGUCAGCCAGACGUACACGAACAGCCUGGACGUCAUUUUUGGAGUGAUCUCUUCAGGGAGAACUGCACCAGUUAGGGGUAUCGACAAGAUGAUAGGUCCCACAAUCGAGAGCAUACCCCUUAGAGUAUCCAUCGACCCUAGCCAAAAGGUGAUGGAAGCCCUGGAAGACCUUCAAUACCAAUCAACAGAAAAUACGAAAUACGAGCACAUCGGCUUGAAACGCAUUUCUCAGCAAGGCUCAAAUGCAGCGGCUGCUUGUCGUUUUCAGACGUUACUCGUCGUCGAACCUAAGCGCCCAUUCCAAUCUCAGGGGGAGUGGUACACUCAACAUGAGUUCUUAUCCGACCUUACCAAGUUUAGUAGUCAAUUAUUGACGCUUAGAUGCCAACUAUUGCCUGACUCAAUUGAGGUAACCGCAAUAUUUGACUCGUCGGUCGUGCCAGGCCCUCAGAUGCAGCGGAUUUUGUGCCAGUAUGAACACAUUCUAACACAGGUCCAUGUCAUUGAAUCAAAAGACACCAAAGUCGGUGAUAUUAAGAGGCUGAGCUAUCAAGAUUGGAAUGAGAUUAAAAUGUGGAAUUCUAUACUUCCACCGACAACACAACUAUGCGUACAUGAGGCGAUUCAGGAGAUAUGCCAAAGGCAACCAGAAGCACUAGCAGUCCAAUCGUGGGACGGGACCCUAACAUACCAUGACCAUCUCCAAGCCCUUGGGCUCGGUCCAAAUAAAUUCGUUGCUAUCUACUUUGAAAAGUCAUUAUGGACAGUGGUGGCUCAAGUUUCCGUGUUGCUCUCAGGGGCUGCCUUCGUGACUUUGGAAACCUCUCAGCCCAUCGGUCCUGCGAUAUUGACCUCUCAGGAGUUAAAAGCAUCUGGGAGUGACCUUGAGGUUCCGGGUCCUCUUCUCGUGGUUAAUGGGGAAUACUUCUGCGAAAAAGCCAGCGUCCUCAACCCGCCUUUUAGACAGGACAGAGCGACCGCAUCCGAUGCUAUGUAUAGUAUUGCCACAUCAGGAACCACGGGCAAACCCAAGGUGGUGGUUAUUGAGCAUUCCGCGUUUCUAACUACUGCAAAUCGUCUGAUAGAUCUCUACGAUCUGACUGAGAGUUCACGUGUCCUUCAGUUCGCCGGAUACGGCUUCGAUGCAAUGAUCUUAGAGCAUUUCAUUACCCUUCUCGCAGGAGGGGAUAACCGCCUAGCAAAGAUCAUGAAUGAUAUGCAUAUAACUGUUGCAAUAUUAACGUCCUCGGCCAUAUCGCUACUUACUCCCGCUGCUGUUCCUGACCUACAAACUCUGGUACAAGGAGGCGAGCCUAUGCAUCAGGGGAUCAUUGAAAACUGGGCGCCUCACGUGCGACUCGUGUGUAGUUGCAGCACAGGCGCCAUCAGUAUCGACGCUAAAAACCCUAAGAAUAUUGGCUUCGCGACAAGUGGCGUUUGCUGGAUCAUAGAUCCAAAACUUCCAGAUAACCUCCCAGUCGCAAUUGGCGCAGAAGGCGAACUAAUCAUAGAAGGUGCUCCGCUCGCUCGGGGCUAUCUGGGUGAUCCAGCACGGACAGCUGCCGCAUUUAUCCCUCGACCUCGCUGGUUGAAGAGUUUGAGAGGUGAGGACGGAGAAGAUCGGGUUUAUCGGACAGGCGAUAUUGUCAAAUAUGAACCCGACGGAUCAAUUUCAUACGUCAGGCGGAUGGAUUCUCAAGAAGUCGAAUAUCAUCUCCAGAACUGCUUUCCGGAUGCAAUUCAAACAGUCGUCGACGUUGUCACUCUGCCCAACACGCCUUCGACAUGGAUAAAAGGCGAUGAUUUCUUGUUACCUUUCGCACUGCGGGAAAGAAUCCCUUCGUAUAUGGUACCCAAUAUAUUCUUACCGGUUUCUCGCAUCCCACAAGAUGCAAACGGAAAAGUCAACCGAAGGGAGAUCACCAGGUCUCUUAUGAGCUUAUCUCAGGAAGAUUGGCAGAGUUACAGUUCCGCCGAAAAGGUGGCUCCCGCUACCGAUCUUGAGCACGAGCUUCAGACGAUUUGGGGUCAUGUUCUCAAUAUUUCUCCCGAUUUCAUUAGUGAUUCAGUCACAUGUAUGCAAGUUGCUACCAAGUGUAGCGAGAUAGGAAUCCCAAUCACAAAGCUGGCAGCUGGAGCAGCGGUAGUACGACGCCCUGAGCCAUCUAGAUCAGAGCCUAUAACUACUACAGAAUCCAAAUACAUUACCCGCAUCAAACGCCACCUCGGAGAAGACCAGGCCGUCGAGGACGUCUAUCCAUGCUCUUCCAUCCAGCGGGGUAUUCUGAUCGGCUAUACUCGAAAUCCCAGCCACUACGAGGAGGCUAUCCAGUGGAAGAUCACUAGCAACAGCCCCAUCGAUAUUGAUCGUCUCCGUACAGCAUGGUAUCAAGUGGUAGAACGACAUGCCGUCCUCCGCACAGUGGUCGGUGAAGAGGAGGCAGGAAACCCAGACUUACCAGUCUAUUCUCAGCCUAUGCAUCACCUUCAGGUUGAUAUAUCGAACGUCGGCGAGUUCUCGAUUCACUUAUAUAUUAACCACGCACUUCGGGACUUAGCCUUAGCAAUCUCUCAAAAUAAAUCCAAGGAAUACUGGAAGUCCUACUUGAAGGGCGCCGUUCCAUGUCACUUCCCUAAUCUGAAGGACUUGGAUUCAGAGGACUCAUCGCAACCUUUUGGCACAUUCACCUUGUCCUUAGGAGAAAGUGCUAAUGUGUUCCACAUAGUAUGGGCCAUAGUGGUCCAACGAUACACAGCAACAGAAGAAGUGUGCUUUGGCUAUAUGGCAUCCGGUCCUUUAUUCAACAUGUUGGUGGCUCGGGUGAAUUUGCAGUAUCAGGACAGCUUCACUAUGCACUCCAUCGGAGAAUAUGAACUAGCUGGGCAAGAUUCUUCCAUCUCAUUAGUUGGUAAUGAUAUUCAAGCCCGAUCAGAGUACCCUAUCGCAUUGAACAUUCUCAUGCUCGCUCAGGAAACUCAUAUGAUGUUUUGUUACCAUACAUCGCUACUCAGUGAUACUUAUGCUAGGAUGAUUGCGAAGGCUUUCGCCCACGUUCUGACCAAAAUACUAGAUCAUCCUUGCCUACAUUUAAACGAGAUUGGCAUUAUAGACGAAGAGGAGAAGAAUAAAAUCUACGAGCGGAACCGUGCAAUGAUUACUCCAGAUAAUAACCUCGCACACUAUGUUAUCCAUCAGCGUUCCCUUCAAUUCCCCGAUUCGCCAGCGGUUCACGCAUGGGAUGGGGGCUUUUCUUAUAAGCAACUAGACCAGCUUUCUUCAUCACUAGCAGAUGAACUCAUCAACCAAGGCGUCGGCGUAAAUAACGUUGUCCCUAUACUACUGGAAAAGACACGAUGGACUCCGGUGGCGAUGAUUGCCGUCUUCAAAUCAGGCGCGUCUUUCGUCCUCACUAAUGCGUCGCAUCCGAUACAACGCCUUCAGACGAUAUAUGAAGCCGUCAAUCCUCCUAUCAUAUUAGCAUCACCCCAAACAUUGUCCAAGGCGUUAGCCCUUUCUCCCCGGGUAAUCCAAAUUACAGACCGGCUAUUCAAAGAAGAAAAAGCUGAGCAACAGGACUCUUGGCUAAGAGUGAAGAUAGAAGGAAGCAAUAUUGCUUACACGAUGUUUACCUCCGGAACGACAGGUAAGCCUAAGGGAGCUAUCAUCGAGCAUUCGUGUCUCGAAACAUCUUUGAGAUGCAUGCAGCCUCGAAUGUUUAUUACCUCUAGCUCUCGCGUGCUACAGUUCUCUUCACAUGAUUGGGACGUCGCCGUGAUGGAAAUCCUACUCACCUUACACGCGGGUGGAUGCGUCUGCAUACCUUCCGACGAGGAACGCAUUGGCAAUCUUGCGCAAGCAGCAAACCGAAUGAAGGUGAACUGGGCAGUUUUGACACCGACCGUCGCCCAAAUGUUGCGUCCAGAGCACUUCACCCAUCUAGAAACAUUGACGCUUGGUGGUGAGGCCCUCUCCCUCGCGGAUCUGACGACCUGGCACGAUAAGGUGCGCCUUAUCCAAAGCUACGGCCCGGCCGAAUGCAGUAUAACCAGCGCUGUGUCCAAGCCACUGAUGCUAUCGAGUAAUCCAAGAACGAUCGGACAGCCUUGCGGGUGCGUAGCAUGGGUAGUACAUCGUGACAACCAUCACCUCCUAGCACCCCCCGGCGCCGUAGGAGAGUUGGUCUUGGAAGGACCGAUAGUAGGCCGCGGAUAUAUAAAUAAUCCAGAGGCAACUACCGCAGGCUUUAUUGACCCUCCAUCCUGGCUUUUGGAUUUCCGAAGAGGGCAUACAUCCACGAGGUUGUAUAAGACCGGAGAUCUCGUUCGAUGCACUCAGGACGGCACUCUUAUUUUCGUCGGGCGCAAGGAUAAUCAAGUUAAAAUCCGGGGCCAGCGGGUUGAAAUAGGAGAAGUGGAAUUUCUAACGUCACGAGCUUUCCCUGGAAACCAUGUAGUUGUCGACAUUAUUAAAAGCGCCGAAUCGAUGCUCGUGGCAGCUUUUAUCCUUGGUAAGGAGGUGGAAUGUGCACCACAAAGUAGCAACGACAAUCUCCUCUACCCUCCUUCUAGCUUAUUCCUGGAAUCUGUCAGCGCCGCCAUCUCCAGUCUUCGGGAAACCAUGCCAUCAUAUAUGAUACCCAACAUAUUUCUACCGCUGGCCUAUUUACCAAAAGCGCCUACGGGAAAAACCGAUAGGAAACUUCUUCGAGAUCAUGUCGCUUCGUUAUCCCAAGCGGAACUUGAUUGUUACCGCGCUAUCAAUAGCACUCGGCGAACCCCAACGACAUUGAUGGAAGCACGACUACAGGAAUAUGUAGGCGGCGUACUGCACAAACCUUCGGAUAGCAUUCCCCUAGAUGAGGACAUCUUUACACUUGGAUUGGAUUCUCUCAAGGCCAUGUCCCUAGCGACAUUUGUCCGCGAAAAUGGCUUAACGAUCUCAGUACCGACCAUAUUUCAGCAUCCACGACUAUCAGAGCUAGCCGCAGUACUUAUCCAGGAGAAAGGGAUCGAGCAAGAGAAACACCAGACACAACAACUCAACCCUCUGAUGGCGUCCGCGGAUAGACUCUGCGCAAAAUGGCACUUGGAUCGAAAUCAAAUUGCUGAUAUUGUUCCAACAACCUACUAUCAGCGGGGGUUCAUCUCGUCGCAUCACGCCGCCUUUCUCACAUUACAUUUUUCUCGACCACUUAGCCCUACAGCAUUCCGGACCGCCUUUAUCGCCGUCGUGCAGAAGCAUGACAUCUUUCGGACUGUCUUCGUUCCUUUUGAGAAGACAUUUGUGCAGGUGUCCAUGAGCGAUUUCGACGUCCCAGUGCAGGAAAUUAGCACCGAUGAAGAUGAUCCUUCUCUGAUUACGGAGUCCAUCUGUCGGGAAGCGGAUAAAUCCCCCGCCUCGUUCGGGACUCCGUGCACUCGGCUCUACAUGAUAGUAGGGCGGGUAAGCGGCCGUCUUUCGGUGGUGUUAAAAUUCUCGCGUGCGCAAUACGACGGUGUGACAGUGGCGCGUCUUAUUGAAGAUCUUCGCUCCGCCUUUGACGAAGAAGUUUCGCACACGCUUCCCACUUUGGACUACCCCAGCUUCAUCACCAGCCGUGCGACACAUAAUACACCAUCCGUCUUCCAAGUAUGGCAAAGCUUACUCGAAGGGUCAUCCAUGACUUACCUAGCUCCGCGUGACGAAUAUUUCCGGAAUGUGGACAGGUCGCAAAUUGAGCUCAAGGUAAUGAGCACCUGCAAUAUUCCAAUGCCCGAUGCAAAUAGGGGUUUCACCAUGGCUACUGUCGUCAAAGCAGCGUGGGCCCUGUGUCUUGCCCAGAAAGCGAGGACAAGAGAUGUAGUCUUUGCUCAAGUCGUGAGAAACCGUCAUCUGGCUAUCCCAGGUAUCGAGCGCACGGUCGGGCCUUGCAUCAAUUUAGCCCCCGUCCGAGUCCUCCUAAAACCGGAAUGGGUUACGGAGGACCUUUUGGAAUUCGUCCAACGCCAGCAAAUGCGGACCAUGGACUGCGAUACGGCGGAUUGGGAUGAUCUCGUCAGGCAGAGCACAGCAUGGCCGCGCGAUACGGAUCCCGGGUCUGCAGUUCACUAUCUCAGCGCGCCCGUUGGUAGCGAAUAUGUUUUUGCGGGGGAUAAUCCAUGUCAUCUUCAACAGUACGACUUCAAAAUGACGGAAAUCUACCCGAUGCUGCUAUGCUUGCCGUUCCCGAGCGAGCUGAACCCCAGAAUUACGAAUUUGAGGAUCGUCCUUACAAGUGCUGUUUUUGAUCAACGACAAGCAGAUGAGAUCCUUGCGCUGUUCGUGAAAAUGGUUACAAAACUGACUAAACAUGCGGAGAGUUUGGUAUUGGAAUCAGUGAUUUGA